CACACACUUUUAGACACUAAAGAGGAAAAAGAAGUAACACGGAAAGAAGAAGCGACAAAAUGUGCUCCACGACGGUUCUGUACAGACGCGAAAGUUUAGUCCGGCGCAACACGCGGCCGGAAGUGUUCACGUUCGAGCACAUCCCGACGGCCGCGACUUUCACGAAGGCGCCCGCCCGGCCCAAGAAGCGCUGCACCCGGGUCAUGUACCCCGCCAAGGUCCGCAUGCACCUGCCGCCUCCGGAGAAGAGCGCGGCCAAACGCUGGCUGCUCCUCCUCGUCCUGGUCCUCCUGUGGCAGGUCUACACCGAGGAGCCCGGCAGCCCGGACGACGACCGACAGGCCUUCCCCGCCGGUGGCGACGCGUCUCCGUUAGCCGCUCCCUCCUCCAGCGUAUGUGAAGCGGAAGCUCCGGUCGACGACUGCACCGCCGCCGGCUCGCCGGGCAACAGCUACAUGGUGGCCCUGCUCGUGUACCACCGCCUGGGCGCCGAGAACUGAAGUGAACCGAGCCGACUCUCGCGGUGGUUCGACGCGGAAAGCGAGCCGAGCCGAGCGGAACGGCGACGACGAGCCCGCUCAACUGCGGGCGGGGAAGCAGCUCCGCGCGCCGGCCUGGUGCUUGCCGGAGGGCCGCUCGGGCCCUGGAAGUUCAAGAAAGAACAAAAACUGUGAACUUUUACCCGAAACUUGAAUUUGUCAUUGACUGCACCUCAUAACUGACUGUUGUCCUGUCUUAUUUAGUUAUUUAUUUAUCAUUAUUAUUAUUAUUUUCUAUUUAUUGAUCAAGCACUUUGAAUAAAAAAAAAAAGUCAAUGACGUGUCGAGCCUUUUCGCAUUUUUGAAGCCGUUAUCUUUCAAUCUGUUUUUAUGGCCUCUUAUCCUAUUUUUGAGAUGAAACGGACAUAGUUUGGAUUUAAAAAAUGUUCAUAUUUUUAAUGGCAAAAUAUACAGCAUCGCUUCAUGGUGAAAUUUCACAUUUUGUGACGUACGAUGGUAAA